CGUCUUUUCAUUCUUCAACAGCAGACGCAACGGCGCUCAGUCGGGAUUUUGAAGGCAAACAUCUUGGAUUUUGUUCAGCUUAAAUAAAUAUUUUUGGUCUUAAUUGACGUGAUAAAAUUUUGCCUGUAACCAUGGCCUCUUCUGAUGUUGCUCGAAAGCCGGAUAAGGAACCAAGACCCCUGUCCCUAGCUGGCCACGUGGGCUUUGACAGCCUUCCAGACCAGCUUGUGAACAAGUCCAUUUGCCAAGGCUUUUGCUUCAAUAUUCUAUGCAUUGGUGAGACAGGUAUUGGAAAGUCCACACUGAUGGAUACUUUAUUCAACACAAACUUUGAGAACUUUGAGUCGUCCCACUUUGAGCCUCAGGUCAAGCUGCGGGCUCAAACCUACGACCUGCAGGAGACCAAUGUUCGGCUGCGUCUCACUGUGGUCAACACUGUGGGCUUUGGAGACCAAAUGAACAAACAAGACAGCUAUCAGCCAGUGGUGGACUACAUUGACAAGCAGUUUGAGAGUUACUUGCAGGAGGAAUUAAAAAUCAAGCGCUCUCUGCACAAUUACCACGACUCUCGAGUCCAUGCAUGUCUCUAUUUCAUCUCUCCAUCCGGCCAUUCCCUCAAAUCCCUGGAUCUUGUCACCAUGAAAAAACUGGACAGCAAGGUAAACAUCAUACCAGUGAUCGCCAAAGCAGACGCCAUCAGUAAAAGCGAACUGCACAGAUUCAAAAUCAAAAUCAUGAGUGAGCUGGUGAGCAACGGUGUCCAAAUCUACCAGUUCCCGCAGGAUGACGAGACCGUGGCCAAAGUUAACACCACUAUGAAUGGCCUGUUACCGUUUGCUGUAGUGGGCAGCACAGAGGAGGUCUGCGUUGGCAACAAGAUGGUGAAGGCCCGCCAGUAUCCGUGGGGCGUUGUCCAAGUGGAAAACGAGCAGCACUGUGAUUUUGUGAAGCUGAGGGAGAUGCUCAUUUGUGUCAAUAUGGAGGACCUGCGUGAGCAAACCCACUCCAGGCAUUAUGAACUCUACCGGCGCUGCAAACUGGAAGAAAUGGGAUUCAAGGACACAGACCCUGAGUGCAAACCUGUGAGUUUGCAGCAGACCUACGAGGCCAAGCGUCAGGAGUUCCUGUUGGAGCUGCAGCGAAGAGAAGAUGAGAUGAGGCAGAUUUUCGUGCAGAGGGUGAAGGAAAAGGAAGCUGAGCUUAAGGAGGCUGAGCGAGAGCUGCAGAGCAGAUUUGAGCAACUGAAGCGCCGCCACGCAGAAGAGAAAGCAACUCUGGAGGAAAAGAAACGGCUUUUUGAGGAGGACCAGAGCUCCUUCAACAAGAGAAAAGCUGCUACUCAACUGCUGCAGGCUCAGAACAUGACAGCCAACGGCAAGAAAGACAAGGACCGCAAGAACUCCGGCUUCAUGUGAAGACGCAUUUUGUCAUAAUCGAUGAUCUUCUGUCCGACUCGUCUAACCAAACCAACUCCUUGAAAGCGCCCAGCUUGUGUGAGAAGAAGAGAGGCCAAAGUUUAAGGACUGUUUCCAACAAGUUUUACUUUAAUCUACAUAUGUUUAUCUCUGUUGUUGUUUCCUUUAUAAAGCUUAUAUUUAACCUUUUAUUAUUUUUAUCUAAAUAUUUCUCUCAUUUUAGUUUUAGCCAGACUGAUGGAGCCCUCCUCAUUGGUAGCUGUUUACAUAUCAAGACUUUGACAGGGACAAAAAGGACUUCACUUUAAUCGUCAAAUAUUUCUCUUGACUUUUAGUUUGACUCCAAUCAAACUCUUUAAAACUGAAGUCCAGCGUCCUAAAGUCUGAAUUCUGAGAGGCCAGUUUUACAAAAUCAGUCGUAAGGGUUAUUCUGACUACACUUAAAAGACUUUGAAAUGUU